AUGGACGGUACGGAGAAUAGUAUAGACAUUGGUGCCUUACCUGUGGAGAUUCUUAUCCUCAUCUUCGACAUUUACAUCGACAGAGACAUCCCGCUCGAAGAUGAAUUCCAUGGCUAUUAUAUGGGCUCCCUUGUGACUCACAGCAGCCCCCUGGUACUGAUGCAGGUUUGCAACCACUGGAGAUCGAUAACGUUAGGCACCCCCUCCCUCUGGACUUUCAUUUGCCCUUCCUACAACCCUAUCGUCUAUAUUCGCCGCUGGUUGGCCAUCUGCCCAAAAUACCCACUCGAUCUUCAAUUGUCCCGUCGUCCGAUAGACCUCGUUCCCCGCAACUACGUGCAGUCGGUCUUCAAAUUGUUUGCCAAAGAAGCCUACCGUUGGCGGUCACUGUCCAUCGAGCUCGACCCCGAGGUCACCAGCGAACUCAUCAAUGUUUUCCGGUCCGACAGCCGUACAACUCCUGCCCAACUUGAGGAUUUGAAAGUGGAACCUUCUCUCCAAGACCAUUUCAAGGUUCCCGGGUCCACUCUAGAAGCCCUUGUCGCACUUUUACCCGGCUUGAAAUCGCUGCGACGCCUUAUCUGGGUUGACCCAUGGGGCGAAAUCUCCCUUCACGAUGUUCCUUGGAUGCAACUAAAGACGGCCAUUAUAAAGCUUCCAUCCUCCAUACAACAAAUAUUUUCUUACCUUUCCCAGUGCACCUCUGCCACAGAGAUCGAAUUUCACAGUAGCACCACAGCCGAUCCCACCAAGACUCGCUUACCGUCAUAUCACUUCCCAGCUUUCACGCUCCCAAACCUCACCUCCCUCAAGCUUUCGCGAGGGUGCGACCCAAUGUGGAUCCUGCAAUACUUCACCAUGCCAUCCCUUCAGCAUUUAGAGGUCGGGAUCCUCCGACGUGAUCAGCGAGUCCUCGAAGACUUCCUGAAACGUUCACCCUGCGUCCACACCCUCGUCAUUGACGAGAGACAUGGCGGAGACUAUUCCUACAUGGACGAAAUCCUCAUCUCAGAUCACGAAAUCCUCGCCUACCUCACGAGCCCUUGCUUACGCGCCAUGCCUCGUGUCGGAAUCGACCUAUUGUGUACGAAGGAGAGGACCCUUGCCCUGAUUCAACAGCGAUUAGAUGCACACCGACCUCUUCCACCGUUGCUGUGCUGGAGGCCGUCGCUUUAUCAAAGGUUAGUCGGAUGGUGGGAUAAGUUAGAUCCCAUGUUCGAUGCGUUGUUAUUCUCUUAUAAAGAAGGGUCCGUCGAAUUCUCUCCGUAUUAUGAGUUCGACGAUUCGGAUUGUCCUCCCUAA